AUGAAAAACAUUCUAAAAGAUAAAACAACAAAUAACCCUUUAUUUAAUCUAUUAUCAGAUUAACAAUAAGAAAUCAGCCAAACUAUAUUAGUUGAUGACCCUAUUUAUAAGAAUAACCAUUACUAUUACCCAAUAAGGACAGGAAACAUUGUAGUUAAUAGGAGAUAUCGGGAAUUCGAGUUAUUGGCUGAGUAUUUAUUUAAGACAUAACCUGAAAUUCUAUAAAGACCCUUGCCUCAAAAAGAGCAAGGGAUCAACUAUUUAAUCAGCUUUAUUUCAGAAAAUACUUAAUUAUUGAAAUUGAGAAAGUAAAAAUUUUAAAUCUAUAUCAAUGAUAUCAAAAAAUAAUUACCUAAUAAUAAAAUUGUUGUGUAAUUCUUAGAAAACCCAUCAUCAUUUUUUGAAUUAAUUGCUAAUUUUGAUUAUUCUCUGAUACAAUAAUAACGUUAUUUAGAGAAAAUGAGGAAGUUUUAUGAAACAAAGUGGUUAAAAUGUGAAUCAGGAGAAUUGGAAAAUAAAAAAGAGUUUUUAUAAAUUAAGAUUAUUCAAUUAGAUCAAAUAGAUAAACGUAUUUAGUAAUUCUGUAUUUGA